GUUCGGCUCGUUGUAAGGCUCCUGAAAUGAAUGUGUGCAGAGACUUCGGUUAGCUGCGUCUCUCCAGUGCAGAAGGGGUGUCAGCUGCUGGAUACCUCUUGUCUUUCUCUCCUGCCUUCAUUGCUAGGUCUGCUGGGGCCAGGUCAAGUGGCACUGCCCAACGUCUCAACAGGUAGAGGACAAUCUGUAACAACAUUGGAAAAGAAAGAGGAGACAAGUUUUCUUUCCUGGUCCAUGGUAAAAUAACUUGUUGGAUUAUCACCUAGAAACUGUGGAAAGUGGCAACAUGAGCAACGAGAGGCCAGUGAACCCUGGCUCAUCUACACUGACUGAAGGCCUAAAGAGAAAGAGGGGAAGACCAAAGAAGCAGCCACAGGGGGAGACUGUGGGACCAUUGCCAGCAAAGAAACCACGAGGAAGGCCAAAAGGAAGUAAGAAAGUGACUACUGUAUCUGGACAAAUGGUAGAACCUUCUGAUGGGAAAAGGCCAAGAGGGAGGCCCCGCAAAUGGCCUCAACCAGUGGCCCAAGAAGGAGUGUCUCAGGAAGGAAAUCCUCAGGGAAGCAGUGACUUGAAUUUGAACUUGGCGCCUGCCACACAAGGCUUCACUGGAAAAGACGGUUCCAGACCUGGCAAAACUACUGGUCUUAGGAGAUCUCUGAGUAACGUCCCUGCCACAGCACAGUAGUACGCCACCUGUUCAUGACUUGCAGAAGCCAGAGGACUGGAAAGCAAACAGGAUUUUUAAUGUCAUAUUUCAAAUUCUUCCUUUGUGAUAAUUUUGGCCAAGCUUUCUCUCCUGUUGUCUGCUGGCUUACCCCAAACGUCCAAACAGGGACUUAAGGGAAGAAAUGGCAAAUGCUUUGUCAGGGAGAUACCUUUCACUGUUUGUAGCAUAUUUUUUGUGAGGAUAUUAAUAUUUCUUAAAAAUACUUAUAUAACAUGGUGCCUUGCCCAGCCACGGUUCCAUAGAAAGACAGUGUUGACUCAGUAAUGCAGAUACAGUAAAAGAAACCUAUUUAUACAGCUGAUUGCUGAACUUACAUGUCACACCACCUCUGGUAGAUUGAUGGAGCAGUCCCAAGAGUUAAGUUUUGCUCAGUUGCUUAUAGGGAUUGCAUCUGAAAGACAGUCUUCAAGUCUUUUCCUUACUAUAAUCAGAAAGAAAAACCUUCAUGGCAGCAUUUCCAGCUUACCUAACGCCUUUGCUCCAGUGGUUAGUAAAACCUGGAUGCUUUAGAGGAAAGUCUUGAGGGUUGACUCUGAAAUUUUUAUCCUAGCCUGAUCAGCUCAGGGCCAUCUCCUAUAACUAGCUUUUGGCCUGGUGGCACUCCCCCUGAAUUUGAUAGCAACUUCAAGUGAACAAUGUUUACAAGCUUAGUCACAGUCACUGGAUUUCAUCACUUCAAAGGCGUGUCUGUAAAGAACCAGUUUCACAAAGGUUGCUUCCUUGCAGAGCCUCAGGAUUAGAUUUAAAUUAGUUUUAUCUUCAAUCCAUAAUGUGCGGAUGUGGGGUCCUCUAGUGUUGCAGCUAUGCAAAUAAGAGCUUGCUGAUACAGUUUAGUUUUGGGAGUUGGUCUGAGAUUGCUGGCUGCUCAGUCUCACAUUGUAUGCAGAUUUGUGCUUUGGGUGUCAGAGCUGAUCUUGCUAAAUUCUGAGGGAUUGAGGGCAUUUCCAAUAAGCAGUUGCAAACAGUGAAAUCCCAGUGGUGUUUUCCAUCCCGUGGAUGAUCUGCCUGCCUAUUAAAGGGACAAAGUGGGUAUUUCAAUUAUCUUUGACAAGAUGUAAAAUUGGCUAGCUUUACAGUGUUAAAUAUUUAAACAGAACAUAAUUGGCUUUAAAUUUAUGGCAGUGCAUAGCAGAAACCCGUGAAAUGGCAGUAUAUAUUGAGCUCAUUUAUUAUCCUUUCAUCAGAGGUCUGUUCCCUUAGCAGGUAUUUAUUUAACACAAGAAAAUGUAUGCAGAACUAAGAGGAAGGGCAAAGGGCUGACUGGAGAGAGAUAAUAGGAAAAAAAAAUUUUUUUCGUUCUAGGCCACUUUGUCCAGUCUGCCCAGUUUAGUGGUGAUCAGAGUCCUGACCCUGUUAAUUCUCUCUGGUUUGCCCUAACAGUAGUUUCUUGUGUAUGGAGUUUGGUGGACUCAGCAGAAAAGUGCAUCACAGCAACCUUUGUGCUUCCUCUGCCACGUAGCAGAGAAAUCCAAGGAUUAAAUGGAUUGGAUCAGAGGGACUGACCUAAAAGGUAUGCUGUAGGAUGAGGCAUGCCGCCAGGUGUGGGAAGAGUUUGACCCCGUUCUCCUGCAGUGUGGAUAAAUCCAGGUGGGACGUCAUGCAGACAAAUCUGUAGCCAUUGAUGGAUGACAAGAUCCAACUGGUGUUCCUCUAAAUUCAGGUUCGGGGGCUGCUCUUCUUCAGUGGACACAAAAGUUCAGCUGCAGUUCUUGUCUGCAUUCAAAGGUCAUGCCAGUGGCAGACCAAGAUAUUUUACCAACUUCUUUACCUGAUUUUUCAGGUGAAUUGGCAGAUGUAGUAUUCUGCUUGCAAAGUUAUACUGCCUGUUUAAUUAAGCCCUGUUACCUGAGACUAAUAGCUGUUACAAUGUGAGAGUGGAACUUCAGCUUCUCCUAAAUGGAUUAGGGAUUGACUCAAGCUUUUCUUAUGAUGAUGUAAGACCUUUCUCAGCUGGUGGCAUGGAGUAGGGAUGGAAACUACCUCAGCUAGAUAGUAAAUCUGUUUGCUUUAGGUCAGCAGUAUUCCUCUAGGACAUGCAAAGUACUACUUCCCUUUUUUAAAAAAAAAAAAAAAAUUAAAAUCUAGUCUUUGCUACCUCUUAAUACUCUAUUGGGAACCCACAGUAGGGAAUACAUCUCCAUAAAAAUGUUAAGUGCUUGAGAAGAACAAGCAGAAUUCCACACUAUUAGGAGCUACUCUGAGUGUAGUUGAAAUCCCAAUCCAUAACUUCUGCUUCCAUUUUUAUGCAGAGAUUGGGAGUGAAAGUCAAUGCCUAUUGCAGGCAGAAUUCCAGCCAUCUUCACAAAGCUAGGAUCUCAUGCUAGAUUACUUGCAUUUUCUUUUUUGAAAUGAUAAAUAUGUUUUAUUUCCCUUAUAGUUAGUUACCUUUUCUGUGUAGCCAAAUCCUACCUCUAAGCAAAUGCAUUUAAAGUGUUUUCUAGGCUCAGACAGUUUUGGUCUGACUCAGGCAAAAAUAAAAGGUUGUUACAGUUGGAUCAAAACACGGGAGAUGAAGGAGGUUUAUUAUCUAGCAAAGUUUGGAAGAUUGUCAUAAAUGGUUCUGGUUUUGGCGAAGGCAUAAAGAGCAUUGGCAACUUGCACAUUAGCCUUGCAGUUUGUUUUGAAUAAAGGUAUAAAACACAGCACCUCAGGCUUCUGCUUUGCCUCCACGUGCAACAACCUCAGCACAUGUGUAUCACCAGGAACGGGAGUUUCUCUCUUUAUCCGAAUUGGAGUUUUGGGGAUUAUAGAACAAGAUUUGGUUGGUCAGGAACACUUACAGGUCUAUAUGAAAAUAAGGAAUACUGAGCAUGAGCAAUCACAUGGAGGAAAACAGACAGGCCCUUAAACCCAACUGUGGGUACCCAAUUCCAUUCUUGUAUAUCUUAUACUGUAACUGGAACAUAAGCCAAUUCUGCUUCACGUGUACAUCCACAGCUGAGUCUGUUUAUGCCACACUAUUUUCUGUGUGGCAUACAAAUAUUUAGCUAGUCAUACAAUGAAUUCUGUUCCUGUGCAUAGCCUCUUCAGUUAAUCUGACAGCUUUCCUAACUAGUCCCAAGCGCUGUGUUUGCGGGCCAGAAGAUGAGGCAGAAAGCAAAUCAGAAAUACACCAACAGUAUCACCGUGGCGCUGCCAAUGCUGCUGCCCAGAAUGUUCACCCUGGUGUGGGCAGGCUAUUGUGGGCAGGUGAGCUGAUGAACCUGUAGUCUGUCCAGGAAUUCAGCUGGUUAAAGGAUAAUAUGGCAAACGGACAAGUUGGCAUUUGUCUUUCUGCACUCUGGGUGCCCAGGAUCUGCUAGGCUGGAAGCUCCUGCCUUUCUGACUUCUCCACCAAGCGACAAGCCUUCCUGAAGAGGUCUGAGUUUCCAUGCUGUGGAGCACUAAACCUUGACCCCCACAGAGCUUGUCCUUCCAAGUUUUUUACGCUUACUUCAGUCUUUGAAAAGAGUAGAGGAAUUCACUGCAUAUAAAUUCCCAACAGGUACUGAGGAUACACUCCAGCAGUUUUCUGUGGAAAACCAUAGAGUCAUAGAAUGGUUUGGAUUGGAAGGGACCUUAAAGCCCAUCUAGUUCCAACCCUCUGCCAUGGGCAGGGACACCCUCUGCUAGCCCAGGUUGCCCAAAGCCCCAUCCAACCUGGCCUUGAACACUGCCAGGGAUGGGGCAUCCACAUCUUCUCUGGGCAACCUGUUCCUCUCAUCACUGAUCUCCACUUGGACAUUGAGCUAUUGACCACAACUCUUUGAGUGUGACCAUCCAGCCAAUUCUUUCUCCAUUGUGUGGUCCAUCUAUCAAAUCCCUGGCUUUCCAGUUUAGAGACAAGGAUGUUGUGUGAGACAGUGUCAAAUGCUUUGCACAAGUCCAGGUAGAUGAUGUCAGUUGCUCUUCCCUUAUCCACCAACGUUGUAACCCUGUCGUAGGUGGCCACCAAAUUUGUCAGGCACUGUUUGCCCUUAGUGAAGCCAUGUUGGCUGUCACUGAUCACCUCCUCAUUUUCCAUGUGCCUGAGCAUAGUUUCCAGGAGGAUCUGCUCCAUGAUCUUGCCAGGCACAGAGGUGAGACUGAUUGGACUGUAGUGCCCUGGGUCUUCCUGUUUUCCCUUUUUAAAAAUGGGUGUUAUGUUUCCCCUUUUCCAGUCAGUGGGAAUU